UGUGUGUGUGUGUGUGUGUCCAUGUGUAUGUAUGUGCAUGGUGCGGGCGAGCAGCGAACACCGUCGCCGUCGCGCAUUCUCUUCGCAGGAGAGAGAGCAGUCCGCAUUUUAUUUGUCAAUUACAGCGCCGAUGCGCGGUGCGGUGCGUUAAAUGUGCGUGCAAGAUGUCGAACCCGAGCGGUAGCAGGAGGAACGGGGCCAUGAAGAUCCGUCUGACGAUUUUAUGUGCCCGCAAUCUCGCUAGAAAGGAUUUAUUUCGUUUACCCGACCCUUUUGCUAAAAUAACUGUUGAAGGUUCUGGACAGUGUCAUAGUACAGAUACUUGUAAAGCUACCCUUGAUCCCAAAUGGAAUCAACACUAUGAUUUAUAUAUCGGAAAGAACGAUGGAAUUACCAUAUCAGUGUGGAAUUAUAGAAAAUUUCAUAAGAAACAAAAUGGAGGGUUCCUAGGAUGUGUACGCAUAUUAUCAAACACUAUCCAAAGACUUAAAGAUACAGGAUAUCAACGUUUGGACUUAUGCAAGGCUCAUUCCGAUGACACGGACGUUGUGAAAGGACAAAUUGUAGUAUCUCUGAUGUCGCGAGAUGGUCACAACGGUGCCGUUAGCAAUACGGUCGGUCAUAAUGCCGUGGUUGACGUACUUGGAGAUUUGAGUUGUCCAAAUGAUUUGCCUGAUGGUUGGGAGGAAAGAAGAACGGAAAGUGGUCGACUUUAUUACGUAAAUCAUCACACGAAGAGUACGCAAUGGAUUCGUCCAAACGCUCGGCCUAACAAUGCUAUUAUAUCAAUAACUCCGGAACCACCACCGUUGUCAGAGCCUACAUCUCCUAGUAGCGCCAGUUCACCGAAUGUAAGAAACGAGGAAAGUCCUGCAAGACAUGCGUCACCCGAAUGGAAUAGCGGGGCCGAGACACUCAAUCAAACACCCAGUCGAGACGGUUCGGCGCAAAAUACCCCAAGAAACACUCCGACGCAGCAGCAACAGCAGAAUCGUAAUCAGCACAAUAUAAGAAAUGUGACGACGCCGGCACCCUCCGCGAGGGAGCGACGCGCCGUCAGAGGCACCGAUGAACAAAAUGGCAAUCAAAACGUGAACGGAAGAGUAGAACGUGGUCUUAACAAUGGAGGUCAAAUUCGAAGGCCCAAUCGCAAUAACAGGAACAGAAAUAGCGUCAUGUUGAGUCAUGAUAGACGAACUGAUCCGCCACAACCGCCAGACUUACCCCGUGGUUACGAAAUGAGGAAAACUCAACAAGGUCAAGUAUAUUUCUAUCACAUACCAACUGGAUCUUCUACCUGGCAUGACCCGAGGAUUCCGCGUGACUUGCAAGCUAACGAAUUGGCGAAUGAGCUUGGACCUCUUCCUAGCGGUUGGGAAAUGAGACAGACCCAAAGUGGACGAGUAUAUUUCGUAGAUCACAAUAACAGGACAACGCAAUUCACCGAUCCCAGGCUGUCCAGUCAAAUAAUAAGCAAUCUAUUGAAUAGGAGGCAAAAUAACAACAUGAACAAUCAAACGGCGAAUAAUGCAAACAAUUCGGUAACGAGCGAAACCGCCGAGGCGGAUACAACGAAUUCAUCGAUAGUUCAGCCUACCACGCCGCAGCAAUCAACGAGAAAUGAAAACGGAAGUAACAACAAUUCUCCAACGAUGGAAAGCGCUCCGUCUCAAAAUGCUCAAACAGUGUCGGAAUUGCCGAAGGAGCUUAUGGACAAUGAGCUUCUUCCGAAAUAUAAACGUGAUUUAGUGGCAAAGUUGAAAUGCCUUCGAGCGGAAUUGAAUGCUCUUCAGCCUCAGAGUGGGCAUUGUAGAUUGGAGGUGUCGAGAAAUGAAAUAUUCGAAGAAUCGUAUAGGCUGAUUAUGAAAAUGCGCCCAAAAGAUAUGCGCAAAAGGCUUAUGGUAAAAUUCCGCGGUGAAGAAGGUCUUGAUUAUGGCGGCGUGGCACGCGAAUGGUUAUAUUUAUUGUCUCAUGAAAUGCUGAAUCCACAAUAUGGACUCUUUCAAUAUUCGAGAGAUGACAAUUAUACUCUUCAAAUUAAUCCGGAUUCAGGAAUAAAUCCAGAACACCUAUCGUACUUUCACUUUGCCGGCAGAAUUAUAGGUAUCGCUGUUUUUCACGGUCAUCACAUUGAUGGCGGUUUCACGACUCCGUUUUAUAAAAUGUUGCUCAAUAAAGCUAUAACAUUGAGCGAUAUAGAAGGAGUUGAUCCAGAAUUACACAGAAGUCUCACGUGGAUGUUGGAAAAUAGCAUAGACGGCGUGUUGGACGCCACGUUUUCUGUAGAACACAGUAGUUUCGGAGUAUUGAAAAAUCACGAGCUAAAGCCAGGUGGUAAAGACAUUCUGGUGACGGAAGAGAAUAAGAGAGAAUACGUUCGUUUAUACGUAAACUAUCGAUUCAUGCGUGGAAUCGAACAACAAUUCUUAGCGCUGCAGAAAGGAUUUCACGAAUUGAUACCUCCCCUCUUACUAAGACCGUUCGAUGAGCGUGAAUUGGAAUUAGUUAUUGGCGGUUUGGGUACUAUCGAUAUAAAUGAUUGGAAGAUGCAUACUCGGCUCAAACAUUGUACACCCGAUACACCGGUUGUGCAAUGGUUUUGGCAGAUAGUGGAAUCGUAUGGUGAAGAAAUGAGGGCGAGAUUGCUUCAAUUCGUUACUGGCAGCUCGAGAGUUCCCUUACAAGGAUUCAAGGCACUACAAGGAUCGACAGGAGCUGCGGGUCCACGACUUUUCACGAUCCAUGCCGUUGAUGCUCCGAGCGAAAAUCUACCCAAAGCGCAUACAUGUUUUAAUAGAAUAGACAUACCACAGAAUUAUCCGACUUAUCAAAAGAUGCUUGAUAAACUUACGCAAGCAGUAGAAGAAACUUGUGGCUUCGCUGUCGAGUGAUCGGUACGAUUAAUACAGCUUUAGCUUAAGCGUUUCUAUCACGCUUCUGAUACACAUUUCGACAAUUCUAAAUUUCCAUAAUAGAUAAUACUCUAUAAAUUUUGAUAAAAGAAGAGAGAAAAUUAUAUUUAUUUUUUAUAAAACAUUAAAAAGAAACUUUGGAAAAUCCAAUAAAUCUUAUAGAAAUUCAAUGAGAUCUAAUGAGUUUUAUAGCAUUAAUACAUGAGCUGUAUAUACGAAGCGAAAUUGUUUCGUGUUAUACUAAUAUUUAAAUGGCCUUACAAUUAGAAGUCUUGCAUAUCUUAUAUAUCUCAUACAUAUAUCUUACAUAUCUCUUUUUGGACAUAAAUUUGGAUAACGAUUUCUGAAAAUAAAUAAUUACAUUGGC